UCAGCAUUAGUUUUUGUUUUUUUUUUCCGUUCUUCAGAAUUCCAGUGCAAGUGAGAAUCUGUUUCGUUUGUAUUCAUUGAUUUCUGGCAUCGCAACAGUGAUUUCCCACCACCACUCUACCACCUUUACUUCACUGUCAUUGUUUGCUUGCAGUAUCAAUGGCGUUUUCCUCCGCAUUCCACGAGCGUCUCCACCAGAUGGACUGUACUCGAAUCCAACGCCUCUCUCUUCUCCAGGCCGAGAAGGAGUCGCAAGCCGACAAGUCCCGAGCUUUGGCUUCGAAGCUCGCAAACAUCAGGGCCUCAGAACAGAGGUGCUCCUGGCUCGAUCACAAAAUCGCGUCUCAGAAUUUCAAGCUUCUCGCUCUCAAAUGUCAAAUCGAGAACCUCGAAGCCAAGCACGAUUCACUUUCACUGCAACUCAGGUCGUUGCAGAACGAGGUGGAGGAGCUCGAGGAAUUGCGCGACACGAGAGAGAGAUUUUACGAGGCCAAGAGGAUAGAAAUGAGGAAAUUCAAGGAAAUUGCAGAGAGGUUUGUGGUGAAUUGUAGAAUGGAAGUUGAGAGUUUGAGGAAUAGAGUGAACCUGUUGAAGUCCUCUUUCAUGGAACUUAAAAGUAACAGUGGCAACUCAUGCAAUUCUGAAAUUACUGCUGCUGAAAUGAGAAGGUUGGAACUCCAGGCUGAAAAGGACAACGUGUGUAGAAUCAUUGAUUGUAACCACCAAAUAAAAGCACAGUUGCAAAAGCAGCUUCAGAUUAUUCUGAUGACGCAAACACAAGAUAAGGGAUCAGAGUUGAAGAGUGCCACUGGUAACUAUUCUUCUACUUGAAGAAAGACCUUUUUUUCAGUUUCUGCGGUUCUUAGAGGCAUAUAGUUCCCGUUUGCACUGAUAAAGCAAAGAAAAGGAGCAUUCAGAUAUGAGACUAAGAGAAGCAAUACAUACAAGCAAUACUACGUUUGGUUCAUCACCCAAUUGCUUAUUCUUGUAUUACACUUCAAAAUUGAAAAGAGUUAUUUUAGGAUCAUACAUAAAGAUUUAAUAUCAUCAAAGAAUCAGGAGAUGCUCUGAAAUAAUUUAACAUGACAACAUUAGAAAUAUAAGAAAAAUAAAAUACAAUGAUUAAAGUAAGAGUAGAAUUGCAAACAGCUAGCAGGCACUAACUCAAACAACUUUUAAUACGAGGAAAGAAAAAAGUAUAAUAGAAAAAGUUUGAUUAAAAGGUAUAAAAGAAAAAAAGCAUGCUUGAUUUUGGAGCCACUAUUCAUAUGUUAUAUAUUUUGUACGGAUUCCUUUCAAUAAAGAUCAUAGGAGCAACUAAAAGGUUUCUUUAUACAUACAUGAACAAGAGAGUGAAGGUAAGAACAUAGGUCAUUGAGAAAUACAAAUUGAUCUUGGACAUUAAAGUCAUGUAAGUUUGGGAUGGUGUUUAUGUACAUGGAUAUGCUAGGAAUUUAGUUUAUAUGU